AUGGUGGGGACCACUGAGCAGCAGCACGGGGCUCCCAUCGAGGACGUGCUGCAGUAUAGCCAGGAGGACCUGGGAAGGGCAGUGAAAGUGACACAAAAGGGGGCCCUGCUGCUGAAGAGCAGGUGUGGAGAGCUCCGCAUGGAGAACCUGCAGACAGAUAAAAUCAUGGAUGGAUCUGAGGAGAUUGUGUCCCAAGCAAUGGAGGAGGCUCUGAAAAAGAAGGAACUUGCCAAAGCCACAACCAGAAGGAGGAGACCCCGGGCCCCCACCUGCAGGAGGGCCCCCACCUGCAGGAGAGCCCCCAGGAGAACCUUGGCGCCCCGAGUGGGAGGGGCCCCGGAGCCCGGCCUCACCGGGAAAGGCGCGAGGGUCUUAGCAGCCCAAGCCUUGGCCCCGGGACCCGAGGUGGCGGAGUUGGUGCGGUUCCUGCUGGUGAAGGACAAAAGGAAGAGUCUCCCCCCUCGCUCUGAGAUGGGGAAAUACGUCAUCCGAGACUUAGAGGAUCUUUUCCCUGAGAUCAGCGCUACCGCAGGACAUCUGCGGUAUGUCUUUGAGUUUGAGCUGAAAAGCAGGGCCUCAAGCACCACACAGAUCUUGAUCAACAAACUAAAGCCUCCUGAGGAGGAGGAGGACCUGGGAGGAGGUGGCCCCAGAUUGGGUCCCUUAAUGAUGGUCUUGGGCUUUAUCCACAUGAAUCAAGGUAAUAGCGCCAGGGAGGCACAGGUCUGGGAGAUGCUGCGUCGGUGGCGGGUGUGGCCCUCCAGGGAUGCCGAUCAUCUCUGCCUCUUGGGGCACCCAAAGAGGAUUAUGGAAGAGUUCAUGCAGCAGCAAUACCUCAGUUACAGUCAGGCGCCUCGCACCAGUCCACUACUAGGUUGUUCAUUCUCUUGUCCCCUAAGAAACCUGGAAACCAGCAAAUUGGAAAUCUUGGGUUUUGUGGCCAAGCUCCAUGAAAAGGAACCCCAGCACUGGCAAGUGCAGUACCAUGAGGUCCUGGCAGGUCAGGUCAACAGGGUCAGAGCGAGGCCAGUAGGAGGGUUAGGGUUAGGCCCGGGGCCAGUGCUAGGGCUGGCACCCACCCCUGUGAGGGCUGGAGAAAAGUGGUCAGCGAGGGGGAGCGGUCCUUAUGGAAGCUAAUGAUUGAGUCUGAAGUGUUAUAGGUGAGGGCAGGGUUAUUACUUCUCAAGGAGAUGUACUUGUGUAACUCAAAUUUAAGUUUUGUAUCUUGCCAUGUUUUGUUACAUUUAAUAUACUCAAAUUGGUGUUUAUGAGAUUGGGGUACUUUUUCUUGUAGGAUUUUGUGAAUAGAGUUUUGAUGGUUUUGUAAAAUCGUUUGAAAAACUUUGUAUUUUAUCCCAUUGUGCCGCGCCAGCAUGGCCAGGUUCAGUGAGCCUGAGGAGGGGUGGUGAAGGAUUAAACCUUUACGGUCCAAUGUUAUUUUUGGAAUUCAAACAGUCUGGUCCAAAUUAAUUGACGGGAUUGAAUGUUGAACUUUUUAAUGUUCUUAUUGCUCGACAUUGGACCUGCUCCUAGCGCCUGGUCUGUCGAGUCAAGCCUCCAGGUUGGACCAAAAAGGGUUAAAGAAGACAGACAAGAGGAUACAGCUGGGGCUAGGUCGAUCACUGUGCCUGGAUGAGGAAACUGUGACCCAGUCUGCAAGCCAAAGCUUUAUUUUACAGUCAGAGCACACAAAGCAAAACAAGAGAAGUGGUCAACAUGUUUACAAUGUUCUUGUGAGUUUCACCUUGUUUUGGCAGCACUUGCUGCACCUCCUACAGUCCAUUAACUACCUAGGAAGGAGCAAGGGAGGACUAUAAGGUCAAGCUUAAUUAUGCUAGGAGGGCUCUGCCCUCCAAGCUGAGAGUUGUUUGUGGCCCUGUCACAGGUCAGUCUGAGGCUUAACCCUACAGCCGCUCCCUACAUCCCAUGAUCUAAAACAAAUUAUGCAGCAUAGUAAUACUGUACUUUAAUGGUUCCAGGGAGCUCUGCAAUGUGAUGAUCUGAUACCAGGAAAAAUAUAGCUGAUUGGUCAACAGCUUCCCAACACGUUUUGUCUAUUGUAUAAAGAAAAAAGAUUGA